CGUUUUCUGGGACACCUGGAUUACUCCUGCAACCGGUGAGCUUGUCAAGUCGGGUCUCCUUUCAGGCAUAAGGAUGAAGGCAAGAAGAAAUAAGAAACAGCUUCCAAGCUUUCGCAAGUUGCUAAAAACUAGUAAAGUCAAGCUUGAAAACAAGCUAAAAAAUGAACAAUUUAAACAACAAAGCACUCUCAAGAAGUACCGAAAAGAAUAGAGGAAACUAAGGCAAGCUGUAAGCGAUGCUGUGUCUAAGAAACCAAUUCCACUGGAGGACCCAAAGGAUAAACAUUGACCAGGUAAAAGGAUUGAGAGGGAAGAGGAGGAAGAAGAGGAAGCCCUUCCAUUAGAUAUGAUGGAUGAAGAUGACUUACAGUUAAUGAAGGAUUUAGGACAAAGAGCAUCUUUUCUAACAAGAGAUCUUUCUUCUAGUGAACCUGUUCAUACCAGGAAACGAAAGCAUGAGCACGUUAUAGAUAAAUAUGAAAAAAUACCAGGAACUCUACAGACCGAACCAGAGAAGGAACUGAUUCAUUUGCUUCCUAUCAAAGAUAAAUGUGGUAUAAUCCCACAGACCAGGGAGAAGCCAGUUAUUGACAGUGACAAAGAAGAAGAGGAUCAAGAAGAAGAGAUGGUGCUUGAGGAAGAGAUCAUUGAGGAUCCUAUUCAAGAGCUGACCAUAGAAGAACAUUUGAUUGAGAGAAAGAAGAAACUACAGGAGAAGAAACUGCAUAUUGCAGCCUUGGCAUCUGCUGUAUUAUCAGAUCCAGAAAAUAAUAUUAAAAAAUUGAAAGAAUUAUGUUCCAUGCUGAUGGAACAAGAUCCUGAUGUGGCUGUUACUGUCCGAAAGCUGGUGAUUGUUUCUCUAAUGGAGUUAUUUAAAGACAUUACUCCUUCAUAUAAAAUCCGACCUCUCACAGAAGCAGAAAAAUCUACCAAGAUCCACAAGGAAACUCAAAAGUUGAGAGAAUUUGAAGAAGGCCUGAUUAGCCAAUACAAAUUUUAUUUGGAAAAUCUGGAGCAAAUGGUUACAGAUUGAAAGCAAAGGAAGCUGAAGAAAAGUAAUGUAGUUUCCUUGAAAGCAUACAAAGGACUGGCAGAAGGGGCUGUGAAGUGCCUGUGUGAGCUGUUGGUGGCACUACCUCAUUUUAACUUCCACAACAACAUUAUUGUAUUGAUUGUCCCACUUAUGAAUGACAUGUCAAAAUUGAUAUCUGAAAUGUGUUGUGAGGCAGUAAAGAAACUCUUUAAACAAGAUAAAUUAGGCCAAGCUUCUCUUGGUGUAAUUAAAGUAAUUUCUGGUUUUGUGAAGGGCAGAAAUUAUGAUGUUAGGCCAGAGAUGUUAAAAACAUUUUUGUGCCUAAGAAUCAAGGAAGUAGAAGUGAAAAAAGAUACAGAAGACAUUAAUAAACCAAAAAAGUUUAUGACUUUUAAGGAAAAGAGAAACAAUCUAUCAAGAAUGCAGAGAAAGUGGAAAAAAGCAGAAGAGAAACUAGAACGAGAGCUACGGGAGGCAGAAGCUUCAGAGAGUACUAAGAAACAACUUAAAUUGCACACAGAGACUCUGAAUAUUGUGUUUGUAACCUACUUCAGAAUAUUGAAGAAGGCCCAGAGGUCACCUCUCCUGCCAGCAAUUCUAGAAGGCCUUGCCAAGUUUGCUCACCUUAUAAAUGUGGAGUUUUUUGAUGAUUUAUUAGUAAUUCUUCAUACUCUCAUUGAAUCUGGAGACCUAAGCUAUCAGGAAAGUCUUCACUGUGUCCAGACUGCUUUUCAUAUUCUUUCUGGACAAGGUGAUGUUCUGAAUAUUGAUCCAAUGAAAUUCUAUACACAUCUCUACAAAACACUGUUCAAGUUACAUGCAGGUGUUGAGAUUGUACUCCAGUGCCUUGAUGUCAUGCUGACUAAGCGCAGAAAGCAAGUUUCUCAGCAGCGAGCCUUUGCCUUCAUCAAGUGCCUUUGUACCCUAGCUCUUCAUGUUCUUCCAAAUUCAAGCAUUGGCAUUUUAGCGACUACCAGAAUAUUAAUGCAUACUUUCCCCAAAACAGAUUUGUUGCUUGACAAUGAAUCUCAGGGAAGUGGAGUUUUCCUCCCUGAGCUGGAUGAGCCUGAGUACUGUAACACCCAGAACACUGCUCUGUGGGAAUUGCAUGCACUUCAGAGAUAUUAUCAUCCCAUAGUGCAGAAAUUUGUAUCUCACCUGAUUGCUGGAGCUCCUUCUGAAGGCUCUGAAGCCCUCAAACCAGAGUUGAGUUGAAGAUCGGCUGUGGAACUGUUUGAGUCCUAUAGCAUGGCAGCAAUGACAUUUAAUCCUCCUGUUCAAUCUUCAGCCUCCAAAAUUAAGGGUAAAAAUUUACAAGGGGAUUCCUUUUUGAAUGAAGAUUUAAAUCAGUUGGUCAAAAGACAUUGCAAUGAAGUCGUUACUCAGUUGCCUUUGGAUUUCACCAAAUGUUUGGAAACAUCACUGCAAUUGUAGAAGAAUGA